GGUUCAUUCUUAGGGACAGUCUCUCUUUCCAUCUACCCCUUCAGGACAGGAAGAGAGGUUCUAGAACUUCUCUGUUGCUAGCACCCAGGGUUGAAGAAUGGCAGGAGGGUUCCUGGAGGGCCCACAUGCCUGGCUCCUCCUCACACCUCAUUUCCUGCUUGCAGCCCCAAGCAUCCACAGAGCCUGGGGUGGAGGUAGUUUUGAAGCUUAUCCGGUCCUAGCGAGUAUGGAUCAGCUCCUUUACCUCUACCCCUGGCCUUCUCACAGCAGUGUUCUUUCCUCAGGAGCACGUUCCCAAACUGCAGAUCACCACCCAGGAUAGAGCUGAGGGGCAGGAGACUGGGAUCAGGUUGAGUUCUGCCUCUUACCUCCUGCCUCUCAGUUUUCCCAUCUGUAAAGUGGGGAUACUAAGAAUCCCAAGGCUGGACAGUCCACAGUGAGAUGAUAUCUAUGUAAUAACAGAAGAGGAGAAUCGGAAAAGACCAAGCAGGCAUGUGGCCUAGCUUUGCUACACCUGUCAAAUGUGUGGUCUAAUGCAGUACUCUGCCCUUCUCAUGGGGGCCUGAGUGUUAGAAGUAAUUGGAGAUCAUGUCCCAGGCAUGCAGUAUGCGCGUGACGCUGAGCUUCCUCCUUCUCCCCUCAUCUGGUAUUCCCCUGCUUCUCUAACAUCCAGGCUUUGGUUUAGGGAUGCUGCAAUCCUACAUCUGCUAGGAAGCCUGCCCAAAUUGUUUCAGCUACAUAUAUCCUGCUUUCCCACCUGCCCUUCCUUCGUUACUUCCCACAAACAAAACCAAACCCCCUAUCCAUCCAUAUUUCUUCCCAGAACAUAUUUGAUGCAUCAUAGAGAUUUGGCUCUACACUGUUCUGCUAUGGGUACUGAUUAUACCCUUCUGCAUCUGUGAGUCUGUCCUCAACUGUGAGAACUGUGACUUUGUCAAGAACAGUGGCCCUGUUGAUGAUGCCAGCUUCCUGAACAGCUCAUGUUCAGGAAGACAGGUGCUCUCUUGAGUCAUGGCUUCUUCAAAGCUCCGAGAACCUGCGGAUGAGGUUUUUGACCUGGACUUGGCUGUGCCAGAGACCGUCAGACUGGACAGCAGUUUACACAAGGCCCGAGCCCAACUACUGGCCAAGGGCCGGAGACACAGGCCCUCCCGCUCGAGGCUUCGGGACAGUGCCAGCUCUGCAGAGGAUGGUGAAGGCUCCGAUGGGCCCGGAGGCAAGGUGACCGAUGGCUGCGGGAGCCCCCUGCACCGGCUGCGCUCGCCUCUGCACUCGGGCCCGGGGUCCCCAGCCGGGAGCUCCUUCUGCCUGGAGCCCCCGGGGUUGCGGCGCAGCCUGGACGAGGACGAGCCGCCGCCCUCGCCUCUCGCACGCUACCGGCCCCUGCACAACGCCGCCUCGCACGAGGGCCUGGCCGCCGCCUCCUGCUCGCCGCCGCGCUCCGCGCCCUCGUCCGACAGCUCGCCCAGCUUCGUGCGCCGCCAUCCCCGCGCCGAGCCGCACAGCGAAGAUGACAGCCGAGAUGCCAGCCCACCUGAGCCCGCCAGCCCUACCAUUGGCCUGGAUAAGAAGACUCGCCGAAAGUUCCUGGACCUGGGGGUCACCUUACGCCGAGCAUCCACUAGCAAGAGCCGGAAGGAGAAGGGCAGCAACCGCCUGUCCAUGGGCAGCAGGGAGUCAGUGGAGGGGUCCGGCAGGUCAGGGGGCUCCCCGUUCCUGCCCUUUUCCUGGUUCACAGACAGUGGCAAGGGCUCGGCGUGUUCUGGCAGCAACACCUCCCCGGCCUGCUCCCCUAAACACGAGCGCUUCAGCCCUAAGAAGUCAGCUUCUCAGGAAUCCACUCUGAGUGAUGACUCCACACCCCCCAGCAGCAGCCCCAAGAUUCCAAGUGGUCCCCGGCAGGCAGCCAAGUGUUCCUACCCCUACCACACACUGUCCCAGUCUUCGGAUGAGUUUCUGGAUGAACCUCUCCCCACCAUCUACCACUGGACCAGUCAGCAGGUGGGCCAGUGGCUGCACAGCCUCAACCUGGAGCAGUAUGCCGCCGAGUUUGCUGCAAGGCAGGUGGAUGGGCCGCAGCUACUGCAGCUGGAUGGAAGCAAACUGAAGAGCCUGGGGCUCAGCAACUCACAUGACCGGGCGCUAGUGAAGCGGAAGCUGAAGGAGCUGGCAGCGGCCGCGGAGAAGGAGCGCAAGGCCCGGGAGAAGGCUGCACGGCAGCGUGAGAAGCUCCGGCGCAGGGAGCAGGCGGCCAAGAGGAGCUAGGGAGACGGGCGGGCAGGCACUGGCAGCUGGCACCCGGGCCAGUGGGGCCUGGGCACCAGGCUUGGGCUGGCCUGGCCCCAUGCUCUCAGGAGGAACAGCCCUCUCACCCUGUCUUCUGUCUGGACCGAUUCCUCAGAAAGGGAGACCCCAGGGGGAGGACCCAGUAAUAAAUCCCAUUUCAAGGACUCGUCUGGCACAGAGUUCCUGGGGGAAGUGGCAGAUUAUGGGCAGAGAAGCCAGGGCUGAAGCAAGUCUGGGAGCCCAGAAGUGCCUGAGUCAUUCUGACCCUCUGCCCUCAGGCCAUGGUGGUCCUGGGACCAGCAGUGAAUUAGGAGGCCUGCUUACCUUCCAGAAGCCCUGGGCUCAGAGAGGUGGGCUGGGCACCUACCUCUGCAGGAGCAGGUAGAUAAAGCAGUUCCUUUCCAGCUCUCCCAGGUGACUGUGUGUCAGGAGAGCUCUGCUCUGCUCCGCAGGGAGGCUGGUGGCCCUGCAGCAAGCUGCAUGCAAGGUAGGCUCCCAGUCCUGCGCUCCUCAACAGGAGAGCGGAGAAAGCAGCGUGAUUAUCCCACAUCAUCUUCGCAAGGACUUCAGGAGAAAGAAGGGAGGAGGCAAAGCUCCUCCUUUUCCCUGUCCCUGUGCUGUGGGUCUCGGUGGUGGCGAGAUAACGCCCUUACAGGUCUGCCCCUCCUGAGGCCCGUUCAAAGCCUGGUCUUCGACCCCCUCUCCUCUGCUCCCUCAGAGGCCACCUGGGCCCUCCCUGAGGACACAGCAAACUUGGGAGCUGGUGGCCACAGAAGACACCCCCCACCAGUGCCUAGAUGGUCCUGAACUGGUGAAUCCUCAUCCCAGCCAAGCAGAGAGGCAAAAUCCGGGAGGUCCCCCGGAAGCUGCUAAAUUGGAAAGGUUCAUCAGUCAUCCCCCAUCUGCCCGGGUCCCUAGCGAGGCCUCAGUGGGUUCCAGAACUGGCAGAUGGCGCGGGUUCCGGUUCCUGGGCCACGUGUAGGGGUGGGGCCAGCUCCCUGGGUGGGGGUGGAGUCUACCCCAGCAGCCCAGAGCAAGCCAUCUGCCCUUGUAGGGAGGGAGCGUGCAGGUAUGGUGCUGGCCAGCGGCUAGCCCAGCUUCUGGGGCACUGGCCGGAGUGAACAAUGAGGCCAGGGGCCUCUGAUUAGAGACCUCCCUCCACCUCCUCCCAUCCGCCUGGAGCGGCCGGACAGGACCCGAUGCAUGCCUACUCCCCUUGUUCCAGCCCAAGCGCUGUGGCCUGAGGGCUACCUCUAUUUCUGGGUCUCAGUCCUUUCCUCCUCUCUGCUAUCUGUGCCGGGAGAGGGGCUUCAGAGAGGGGACUGAGAUAUGGGGGCAUCAGUACCAUCUGGGCCCAGAGGAGGGGCCAGUGGGGCAGGUGAAAAGUUCCCAGGUCCUUGAAGCCAUCAGGAGUUAUCUGGGUGCCCACCUGCAUGUGAAGGGGGAGGCAGUACUCCGUUUAUUUCAAUAAACACUUAUGAUGUGCCAGUGACCUUUCUGUCUGCCCCAGCUGGGGGCUGGGCUGGGCCCCAAACGUGGGAGGCCACAGUUCUGUCCCUGGGUGCUGCACUGUCAAGUGCUCUGAAUGGACAGCUGUGGCCGCUGUU